CAGGCAGCUGCCGCUAUUAAAACAGCUCCUGCCUUGCACACUUCCCUGCCGGGGUGAGCGUCACUGCAGAGAUGAAGCUAGCGAACUGGUGCUGGCUGAGCUCCGCCGUCCUUGCUGCUUAUGGCUUUCUGGUUGUGGCAAACAAUGAGACAGAGGAAAUUAAAGAUGAAACAGCCAAGGACGCCUGCCCAAUGAGACUAGAAAGCAGAGGGAAAUGCGAGGAGGGAGGCCAGUGCCCCUACCAGGUGAACCUGCCCCCGCUGACUCUUCAGCUCCCUCAGCAGUUCGGCAUGAUCGAGGAGGUGUUCAAAGAAGUCCAGAACCUCAAGGAAACUGUUAAUAGCCUGAAUAAAGCUUGCCAGGAAUGCAAACUGCAGGCUGACGACAGCCGAGAUCCAGGCAGAAACGGUCUGCUAUUACCCAGCGCGGGAACCGCAGCAGAGGUUGACGACAACAGAGUGAGGGAAUUAGAGAGUGAGGUUAACAAGCUGUCCUCUGACCUGAAGAAUGCAAAGGAGGAGAUCGACGUGCUUCAGGGCCGCCUGGAGAAGCUGAGUCUUGUAAACAUGAACAACAUAGAAAACUACGUCGAUAGCAAAGUGGCAAAUCUAACAUUUGUUGUCAACAGUUUGGAUGGCAAGUGUUCAUCUAAGUGUCCCAAUCAGGAACAAAUACAAUCACGUCCAGUUCAACAUUUAAUCUAUAAAGAUUGCUCUGACUACUACACAAUAGGAAAAAGAAGCAGUGAGAUGUACAGAGUUACACCGGAUCCCAAAAACAGUAGCUUCGAAGUUUACUGUGACAUGGAGACCAUGGGGGGAGGCUGGACAGUGCUGCAGGCACGUCUCGAUGGAAGCACCAACUUCACCAGAGCAUGGCAAGACUAUAAAGUAGGCUUUGGGAACCCCCAAAGAGAAUUUUGGCUGGGGAACGAUAAAAUUCACCUCCUGACCAAGAGUAAGGAAAUGAUUCUAAGAAUAGAUCUUGAAGACUUUAAUGGUGUCAAACUCUAUGCCCUGUAUGAUCAGUUUUAUGUGGCCAAUGAGUUUCUCAAGUACCGGUUACACAUUGGAAACUAUAAUGGCACAGCUGGAGAUGCCUUACAUUUCAGCAAACAUUACAACCACGACCUGAAGUUUUUCACCACCCCAGACAGAGACAAUGAUCGAUAUCCCUCUGGGAACUGUGGGCUCUAUUACAGUUCAGGCUGGUGGUUUGAUGCAUGUCUUUCUGCAAACUUAAAUGGCAAAUAUUAUAACCAAAAAUACAGAGGUGUCCGCAAUGGGAUUUUCUGGGGCACCUGGCCUGGUGUAAGUGAGGCACACCCUGGGGGCUACAAGUCUUCCUUUAAAAAGGCCAAAAUGAUGAUCAGACCCAAGCACUUUAAGCCAUAAAUCACUAAUGCUCAUUCCUGUGGGUGUGUAUUACCUAAUAGGACAAUUGAUUCCUUCAGCACUUUGGGAUAUGUUUCAUACUCCUUUCCUAUGACUAAAAAUUUAACUCUGAGCAGUGGGUUCUUAUGCUAUGCAACAUUUGAAAUAAAGCCAAAACAUACAUUUUAAAGGAGUCCUUUGUUGCUGUUAUGCUGUUAUCCAAAUGGACAUUUGCAAGCAAUUGGGAAUGUUGAGAAUUACACACUAGAUCUAUAAUUCUCUUAAUUCUAUUAAUUAAGAAGUUUUUAUUACUUGUAUUACUUGCUAUUAUUAAAAAAUAGUUUAUUCAGCGGGCUAGAUUUUAUACAAGUAAUCUGUAUUUUGAUUGUAACUUAAACACAUCUGAAAGUAUAUCAUUCUUCUCAGGCCAUAAACAGUUACUGGGUAUUUGUUUCUCUAAAUACCCUACUCCUCAUUCCGAGAUAUAGUUACUCUUAAGGCAUUUACUGUGGGUCAGAAGACCCUAGAGCAUUUUACUUCCCAGGGGAAGGAAAAUAUAUAUACAAUUAAACCUGUUUAUGUACUAUUUGGGAAAUGUAAAAUAUUUGUUAUUCAAAAUUACUUUAAAGUGUGGUAGCAUAAGGUCACUCCCAAAAGCAUUCAGAAAAUUAAUUCACCUUAAAGGCCAUGGUUUAACGGUACUUCAUUCACAGUUUGUAAUACUUUAGAUGUUUGAUGGUGAAAACUUCUUUUAUAUAAAAAUGACCUUCCUUUGCUUUGUAUGCACAAUAGUUUUAAGAUAGCUCCUACUGUGUGAAGCUACUGGCAGGUUUUCCUUUGGAGAGGCAGGUGUGGGUGGGGAAUGGAGCAUUUAUUUAUAGGCUAUAAUACUCUGAAGGUCAAUUUUACAUCCAAAGCAAUAAUAUCAUUAAGUGAUUUAUUUCAUAGAAAGCUAAAUUUUAUAGGGCAAGUAGAUACAUCUAUUUAUAAAAAGCAUAUGAAUUUUUAAAUAUAUAUAACAGUAGUUCAAAUAUUAUAUAGUUCACCCCUAACUGGUAUACUGCUUAUUUUACUAUCAGAAGGUUCAAAUACAGGUGUUUUUUUUUUUAACCAAACAAAAGUAUCUGGAACUUUUAUAAUUCAUUAGUUAAUUCUGGAAUGCAAGUAUAUAAAAAAUAUUUUAAAAAAUAAUACGUUAAAUUUCAUCAUUGUUAAAAAAAGGUAUCAUUUCGGAGAAAACAGCAGGAUUCUGCUGCAUGUUUAAAAAGUGCUCCAGAAUUAAAUUUGAAAUAACACUCUAUACAGUAUGUACAUCACAGAAAUACAUUCACUCUUUAAUUUUUAAUGUCUGUUUCUACCAUAGUAACCAAGUUUUCAAAAUACAUUCACAAAGAUUCACCUUUGCCCAUUAUUUGAAAAUAAAGAAUACAUGUGUAUUAACUUGUUACCUAAAAUUUUGCUUCAGGUAACGUUACUUUUUCAAGUAGUGACUUUUAUAGAAAGUAUUCAUCAAAAAAAAAGCAAGAUAUUCUUUUAAAAGUAUAAAACUUAACAAAGUUUUAAGUAAAUAUGAAAAUUAAGUUACUAUGAACACUAUUAAAAUGUUCAAGCAAGAGAAAUGCAAAUAGAAUUGAUGACCAAAAUGCAAAUAUUAUUACAGAUUCAAAAGGCUGCAUUCUAAUGCAAAUGUUACAAAUUAAUACUCUUUAUUUCCCUCUCCUUUCUAGUUUUAUUUUUAAAAAAGACCAAGAGUAUUUUGAUAUAAUAUGAUGUAUUUAUUUCAAAUAAUGAUAUUUUCAUUUACAAUACAUAAUUAUCAAUAUGUGUAUAAAUUUAAAUUCCUAUGAUCAAAAAACGGACUCCUCACAAAACAUAGUUCUGAAGAAAAAUAAGCAAGUAUCCACUGAUUUAAUGGGUAUAAUUUCACAAUAAUUUGGCAAAUAAUUCAUUAAUCCAUGUAAUACUCAAAAGCUUGUCCUAUCUUGUCUAUCUUUCCACCUUAUUUCAAAGGGUCCAAAUCUUAUAUUCCAUUAUACUUUCAUGGUACUUUUCUAAUAAAAAAUUCUGUAAUGUAGAAAUUCCUUUUUGAAAUCAUUUCAUAUCACUUAUAAAAUAUAUUUUAGGCUUUGACAAUCUUGAACAUGUUUAUGGGACUAGAUUAUAUCUGAGAGUCUUUGCCUUAACAUAACUAUUCACUAAUACAAGCUAAUGUUCAUAAACAAGGAUUGACUACUAACAAAUAUAUUAUUUUAGGGUUUUGUCUUCUUCCAUUUUAGUGGCUAAUAUUUGUUUUCUUAACUAAGAAUUUAUUUCUGAGCUUCAUCAUUCUUUGAAAUUUUUGACUAAAAUUGGGUCCUUAGAAAUACCAAAUGUCACUGGUUUACUCAUCACUCAGGAAAAAUAUCAAAUUUUUCUGAUAAGCAGUAAUGCUGCAAUGAGUUAAUGACACAUCCAUCCAAUAAUAAAGAGCUUAAAUAUACAAAGCAUAAAAGAUAUCCUAGAAACAAAGUUUGCUGGCCCUUAUGUUUGAAUGGCACCCAAGGAAAAGUUUGAAAGGAAAAAGUGAUGGGUAAUGUCAUCACAGUAAGCUCUUGUUAAGAAUUUUAAUAUUCCUGUAUGUACAAAUAGAUUUUCAUUUCAUAUCUUUUAAGUCCUGUAAAAUAAAAGAUUUAAUAUGCAAAUCUCUUUCUUCAAUGUGGAAACAUUAAAUAUUAUUGUUUGUAAAAUGUU